CGGGAGCGCUGGUCCCGACUGGGUGGAACCAUGACGCCAACACUACCUGACCUACCUAUGUACACUACAUCCCAAUCCUCGACUCGCCAAAAGAGGGGGGCAUUCCGAACUUGUAGGAAAAUAGCCGAGAUUUUACUUGAAUAACUUACCUAGUGUAUUUGGGAGCGAACAGCACCUGGCCCGAAAAGAUGGCCAUCCCAUACCUCCAUUCGCUGGAGGACUGCGCCGACUUCGCCCAGGCGGUGAAGCCCUUCAUCCCGCAGCUCUACGACCUGCCCGGAAAGCUGACCGACAUCUUUUCCGGCCGCGAGAGUCUGCUCAAGCUCUAUACGGAGACAAACCCACUCGUGUCGGGAUUUGCCUUCUCCGUGUUCCUCGGCGCGGUGUUCCUUGUAGUGGCCGAAGUCAACCGCAACUACUCGCAGGUAGACCGGUGCUGGAGCAUCUUGCCGACCCUGUACAUCGCCCACUUCGAUGUCUGGGCUCGGUUAACCGGGCUGCCGACCCGGCGGGUCGAUGCAGCGCUGUUCUUCAGCACCAUAUGGAGCGUUCGUCUCACCUACAAUUACUGGAGGAAGGGCGGCUACAGUGUAGGCCACGAAGACUACCGAUGGGAACUUAUCCGGCGACGCAUACCCAAAGCGCUGUUCCACGUCUUCAAUUGGACCUUCAUCUCGUUUAUCCAGAGCAUCCUGCUGUUCCUGAUCGCCGCCCCGGUCUACCCCAUCCUCCUCGCAUCGACCAUUGAGCCCGAUCUCACCAGCGCUGAUCUGGCGUACCUGGCCGUCGAACUCGGACUCAUCCUCAUUGAGCAUCUCGCCGAUGAACAGCAGUGGGCUUACCAGUCAGCAAAAAAGCAGUACCAGGCGUCCGCCAAGGUGCCCCGCGGCUUCAAGCAAUCCGACCUUGACCGCGGCUUCAUCACGUCCGGCCUCUUCGGCUACAGCCGCCACCCCAACUUCGCCGCCGAGCAGUCAAUUUGGUUCUUCCUCUACCAAUGGAGCUGCUUUGCAACCAAGACGCUGUACAGCUGGACCGGUGUCGGACCUGCAUUCCUGAUUUUGCUGUUCCAAGGCUCCACGUGGUUCACCGAGCUUAUCACGGCCGGUAAAUACCCGGAGUACCGCGAGUACCAGCGCCGCGUCGGCAUGUUCGUGCCCACGAGCUGGGCCGCGUACAAGACGCCGGUCGCGCCGAAGCCCAAGGUCAUCCGGACCAGCGAGCUUGCGAAGCGGAAGCAGCAGAAGGAAAAGGAUUACGAGAAGCAGAAGCAGAAGCAGAAGUGAGGUCGCGGCGAGAGCGGCGGCUGUGGCUGAGGCGUGGUGGGGAUCAGGUGGACUCUGGAAUUUGGAUAGGCAACAGAGCCAAGGAAGGGGGGUCUAGGUGGUUUGUGUCGCCGUCGUUUGCGAUGAUGGAGCCGUGUGUCGGGGAGGGGGCUUGCGCGAUGGCUGUGGGGAGGGUAGACGUUAAAGAGGUCCCGCCAAGACUAAUUUCGGCUAAUUGUCGGCAAUGUUUUUACAGCGUUUUUACGCAACCUCGAUCGCUAAGGCGUUUGCUCUAUCGCCAAGGUUAGUUCGCCAGGGGUGCGGGGGGCGGCGCCA